GAUCAGCUUACAAUACUUACAAGUACUAUCAUGAAAUUCCAAAUGAAUCAGCGAUUACUAAUAUGUACUAAGACCACUAUAAAACUCGGGGAUGAAUGACUAUUCAUUUCAAACUGCAACUAAGUUCAGAUCACAAUGAACGUAUUAAGUCUACUCGUUUUAAUUCAUGAAGCCCUCUCGGCUGAUAACAGUCUUUAUCACCACACACACAAUUCAGGAUUGACUAAUGGCUACUCUUGCUUAGGAGAUUGCGUGAACAAUGGAUGCAUUUACGACUGGUGGGGCCACAAAGAUAGCUGCACUGUGAGCCAAGUUCCAUCUCCAGUCUUCAAAACUAUUAAAGGAACCAACUGCUACAGCAAUUGUGGAGGAUUCAACGCCGAGCCCUUUGCAUGGUGCGCUACCUUAGUAGACAAUUCUAUCAGUUGGGAAUACUGUACUAGAUAUGAAGCAAGAACUGCCAUCAAGCGAAUCCAAACGGAUAACUACUUGUACAUAUGUACUGAUGAUUGUACCAAACGGAGACAAACUUACAACUGGUGUCACACUCAUAACUCCUGGGAGAAAUGCGACCCAGAACAUGAGGUACUAGUCUUCAACUAUCCUACAGAAAAAUACAAUGAUGAAUGCAUUUCAAGGUGCGUGCUGUACAAAGGCGACUAUAAGUGUUACGACAAGAACAAAGAUUGGAAAAAAUGCUAUUUGAAUCCAGAUAAAAGUCUGAUAUUGUUCCAGUUUGGCCAAAACAUUAACACAGCUUUGCGGUACUUUGGAGUUUUGGGUGAAUCUGGAUAUGAGCAAUGUUCUGAGUCGGAAUAUAGGAAGAAGCGGGCGAUAAACUCACAAUGGCCUUACAUAGAGAGUGUAAGAGAUUUGGUAGCAGAGUUUGAAUCCGGGUUUCCGACUAUCGUUCCUAAUGACGGGGGGCCAGUCCAGUCAUACACAGUGCUACCGAUUUUGGUUCCUGGUCAAGAUGAUAUCAUAAUACCUUUGGCUAUACGAGCUGUGAUUACGAGGAAUCACCUCCGGCCGCCUGGUACCCGAGGGAACAUUCCGUCUACCGUCACAAGGAAUAUCGCAAUGAUGCAUCCUUACAUGGCACGGCUGGAUAGCAACAAUGACGAGCGAGCGCAUCUCUUGGCUUCCGUGCUUGGAGGAGCCAUGGAGCCAUACAACUUUAUUCCACAACCGAGAUCCUUUAAUCGUGGUCGUGGUUCUAGAUGGUAUUUUCUAGAAGGUCUGAUCGCUCGGUUUCUCAGAGAACGAGGCCGGCCUGGACGGUAUGUGGACUGGCAGAUGGCUCUGGCAUAUGACGUGUACUCAGACCGUCCAAACCGGCCAAUAUCAGUGUCUCUGAGCGUGAGGAUGUAUGAGGCGGACGGUACGCUAAACGUCACGUCGGGGGUUUUUGAAAACUUGUAUUUUUCUAAUAAUCCUUUGUGGACUUGUCGCGUCUUCUUUAGUGGAAGCGGUUAGAUCGA